CUAAAACCUUACAUAUAACCGCUGCAACUCUCUCCCACUUGCAUCUCAUUUCGAGUUUCCUCUUCUCUUCAAUUCAACUCAAUCAUGUCAGAUGAAGAGCAUCAUUUCGAAUCAAAGGCCGAUGCCGGAGCUUCCAAAACCUACCCGCAACAAGCCGGUACUGUCCGCAAAGGCGGUCACAUUGUUAUUAAAAACAGAGCCUGCAAGGUUGUAGAAGUUUCCACCUCUAAGACUGGCAAGCACGGUCAUGCCAAGUGUCACUUUGUCGCAAUCGACAUCUUCAAUGGAAAAAAGCUUGAAGAUAUCGUCCCAUCUUCCCAUAACUGUGAUGUCCCUCAUGUUAGCCGCACUGACUACCAGCUCAUUGAUAUUUCCGAAGAUGGAUUUGUGAGUUUGCUGACCGAAAACGGUAACACCAAGGAUGACCUGAAACUGCCGACCGAUGAUACUCUCCUCACACAGAUAAAAGAUGGAUUUGCAGAGGGGAAAGAUUUGGUUGUGAGUGUGAUGUCAGCCAUGGGAGAGGAGCAGAUCUGUGCUCUCAAGGACAUUGGCCCUAAAUAAUUUUCUGUUAUAAUUUAUUUGAAAGAAAACUGUACUUUGAAUUCCUCUAGCUUGUAUGCUGAGAAUGUGACGUUUACGAGACGUUGAAAGAUUGUUGAUUCAAAACUAAAUAAGCUUAUUUUAACUUGUGGCUUGUAACUCGUU